AUGGCAGUCUUGUUACAGAAAAGACAUCUAACAGAUAUGACAGAUUUGUUGCUUGCUUGUUUCCUUCUGACCGCGCCUAGUUUAGUUAUUGGCCGCAACGUUGGAGAUGCAGAGGUCGUGGUGGUCAAAGAAAUUAAGAAAAGACAGACUACAGGUUAUCCUGAAAGUUUGCACUUUGUCCUGCACACCAAGUCUUCUUCCAUCAACCUGAGGCUGAAGAGAAACAACCCCGACAACGAAAACGCAGACGUCUUUGUUAUUAAACUGGGAAAAGAUGGGAAACCUGAGUUAGUGAAGGCUGGUGUUGACAAAACCAAGGAGACCGCCACGUACCGAGAUCGAGCAGUUGGCGGAUUGUUUAACGUCUACAACGAUUGCAUCAAAGGUUUACGAUCAACGUGCCAGCGCUCGUUAUGGGGUAUAAUGUACGUGGAUGGAGAACCUUGUGAACUGAGUCGAAUGGACGCGGACGGGCGAAAACGAAAUGAUGACAGCGGCACCUCCGGACAGUAUCUUCUGAAGAGAAGAACCACCGUUGGCGCAAGUCUGUACGCGUCAGUUUUAACAGAUAGACUCUCUGAGGACGAAACGAAAAGAGAUACAUCACAGUGGAUUGUGAACGAGGAGAAAAACACGUACGGAAUUGAACUGGUCAUGAUUGCCGAUUACGCUUUGUAUAAAGAUCUAUCAAAACACAAUGCCAGUCUAACACCACAACGUCAGCGACUAGAGAACAUCAACAGAGUGAGAAGCCAUCUGUCCAACAUCGUUAAUGGCAUGGACUUGCGUUACAAUGGCAUUGACGAUCCCAAUAUGUUCAUUUACGUUCGAAGUGUGGCGUAUGCGAUUAUGGAGGAACCUUGGAUGUCCCAGUUUACAGAGGGAAAACCUCAAGGUGAAGGUCGCCGUGCAGUAGCAGACGCUUUGAAAUCACUUUCCGAGUUUACAAAAUGGAUACACGAGGCAGAAGGGGUGCCAUCAUUUGAUCACGCUAUGUGUGUUACUGGAAACGACAUUGCGUACAAAGGAGACACGGCCACUUUAGGAAUAGCCUACGUGAAAGCCAUAUGCAAGAGAGACCGCACGUCACUGAUAGAGUAUCACAGGAAUCUGAUGGGAGCGGUGGAAACAGCAACGCACGAACUCGGACACAAUCUUGGAGCCGCUCAUGACGGGGAAAACAACAACUGUGAGAGCUCCAGCCAGUACAUAAUGGCGUCCUUCGUUGGCAGACGACAUGACCAGAUCAAGUUGAAUCCGUGGAAGUUCUCGCCGUGCUCUGUGAACUAUUUCAAGAAGUCUCUCUCCAAUAUUAAAAAACAUGGAGAAAACUGUCUGGAAAAUACAGCAAAAACCGGUAACCCUGCUGAAUAUAGGUACCACACAUCGAGACUUCCGGGACAGAUUUACUCAGCUGACGAACAGUGCAAGUUUAUCAAAGGACAGGAGUCUCACUUUUGUAGUUGGUUGAUUCGCCCAGAAGAGGUGUGUACGCGACUCGCCUGCUUGAUGCCCGGCCCGCACUACUUGGAGACGAAGUGUCAGGUGUACAGCGCGGCUCGCGGUACCUCGUGUGGACACAGAAAGCGUAAUCACCAGUUAGUUAUGCUUCUCACGUUGAGUGUUGCCCGUCUCCAUCAGUCACUCGGAGAUGUUCUCUUUCUCGUUUCAGUGGUGCAUUGA